GUCCACAGCAUCAACAGCUCAGUUGAAUCCCCGCGGGGCAAUGGCGACCGCUAUCGGGGAGAUACGCCCGAACUCGGCUCGCAAAUCGCAGUCCCUAAGAUGCCCCGACGAUCCGCGCACACCGAACUCGUCGAAGGAAAAGCCAGUCUAUAAACCCCAUAUACCGGUACAAAACCACGAAGCCAGCCUAAUUCCAAGCUUCUGCACUAGCCAUAGAUACAAUGAGCGCUCCAGAAGAUCCAGCUCUUGCCAAGCCGGCUGAAUUUUGCUGUCUGAGAGGUUCCUUCCUUUCAGGAGAGCCGGCAGGCAAUCUCAAGCAGAUUGGAGGCGUGGACACCUACGUGGCCACACCGGACGAGACGAAGUCAAACGGACAUGUUCUGUUGUUCUUCCCAGAUGCCUUUGGCUUGCACAUCAAUAACUUUCUUACAAUGGAUGCGUUUGCCGCUUGCGGGUAUCUGACAUUGGGCGUCGAUUAUUUCGCCGGGGACCCCAUUUGGAAGCAUUCCCAAAGCUCGUUGAACGAUCCGACCUUUGACUUCCAGAGUUGGAAGCACAAGCACAUGGAAUUCACCGACCGCAUUGCUGAUAAGUGGGUAAAGGACGUCGAAGCAGAGUAUGGAAGAAACGGGAAGUCCAUUUGUUUGCGCCGGGCCUGGGGGGCGCGGUUUGCGUGUGCCCAGCUUUCUAAUGACGGAAUCUGCAGGGCUGGCGCUAUCGCCCACCCGUCGUUCAUAAAUGAGAGCCAUGUGUUCGGUAUUGAUGUGCAAGCGCCUAUUCUAUUUUCCGUGCCAAACAGAGACAGUCUCUUUAUGCCGGAGCAACGCGCCCGCGCCGUUGAGAUUAUGACGAACGAAAACAAAGAGUUCAUUACGCAGAUAUCUUCUCCAAUGUUGCACAUGAAUCUGCACUUCCAAAGCUUCAUACAGUGGUUUGACUUCUGGUUGUCUACAUUGUAG